AUGGCAUCAAGACCCACAGUUAAACAACAGGCCAAAGGUGAGGCAGUAGUGGGGGGAGGGAAACAGCAGAAGAAAGGUGUAGCAGAUGGAAGAAACCGCAAGGCAUUAGGUGAUAUUGGGAAUUUGGUCAAUGUAGGAGAAAUUGAAAUCAAUCCUAAUCGCCCCAUCACAAGGAGUUUUGGAGCUCUACUACUUGCCAAGACACAAGCAGCAGCUAAGAAUAAUAAGAAACAGGAUUCUGCCAAUGUGGCUGGACCUCCACCUGUUAAUGCAGUUGCAGUGACCAAAAGAGCGGUCCCCAAACCAGGUCCGAAGAAAGUCACUGUAAAACCAAAACCUGAGAAAGCCAUUAAAAAUGAAGCCAUCCCAGAUAAGGAGAUUCAGAAAGACAAGAAAAGAAAAGGAGAUGACAACUACAAGAAGAAAUCACGCGCCUUUACUUCAGUGCUCACAGCUCGAAGCAAAGCAGCAUCCGGCAUAACUAACCACAAACCGAAGGAGCAGGUUAUUGACAUUGAUGCAGGUGAUGUUGACAAUGAGCUUGCUGCUGUGGAGUAUGUUGAUGACCUUUACAAGUUCUAUAAGCUUGUUGAGAAUGAGAACCGCCCUCGUGACUACAUAGAAUCGCAACCUGAUAUAAAUAAGAGGUCGAGAGCUAUACUAGUCAAUUGGCUUAUAGAAGUCAACACCAAGUUUGAACUUUCACUUGAGACCCUUUACUUGACAAUCAAUAUAAUUGAUCGGUUCCUAGCAGUUAAGAGUGUUCCAGGGAAGGAACUACAACUGGUUGGCAUCAGUGCCAUGCUGAUGGCAUCCAAGUAUGAGGAAAUCUGGGCCCCUGGGGUUGAUAAUUUGGUCUGCUUUACAACUUACAGCCAUGAACAAAUACUAGUCAUGGAAAAAAUCAUACUAGAUAAGCUAGAAUGGACUUUGACUGUGCCAACACCUCUGGUUUUCCUGGUUCGCUUUAUCAAGGCAUCAGUCCCAGACCAGGAGUUGGAAAACAUGACUCAUUUUCUGUCUGAGUUGGGAUUGAUGCACUAUGACACCUUAAUGUAUAGCCCAUCAAUGUUUGCUGCCUCGGCAGUCUUUGCAGCUAGAUGCACUCUGAAUAAGACUCCCCUUUGGAAUGAGACACUUAAGCUACACACGGGUUACUCACAAGAACAACUUAUGGAAUGUGCUAGAUUAUUGGUGAGUUUCCACUCCAUGGUUGGGAAUGAAGAGCUGAAGGUUGUGUACAGAAAGUAUUCUGAUCCUCAGAAAGGAGCUGUUGCUAUGCUCCCACCAGCUAAAAAUCUUCUGCCUGAAGGUUCUGUCUCAUAA